AUGAAGUCCUUCCUCGCCCUCAGUCUCUUCACCGGCCUGUCCGUCGCCCAAAGCGCCGCCUGGGCCCAAUGCGGUGGCCAAGGCUUCUCUGGUGACAAGUCUUGCGUCUCUGGCUACAAGUGCACCGUCGUCAACGAGUGGUACCACCAAUGCCAGCCUGGCUCUGGAGGAGACCCUCCUUCCACCACCCUCAAGACCACCACCGGCAGUGGCUCUCAACCCACUGGUACUCCCGAUGGCAAGUUCCUCUGGGUUGGCACCAACGAGGCUGGUGCUGAGUUUGGAGAGAAGAACCUUCCUGGUACUUGGGGAACGCACUUUACCUUCCCUGAACCUGCUGCUGUUGAUACCCUCAUCUCUCAGGGCUACAACACUUUCCGUGUCCAGCUCAAGAUGGAACGUUCAAACCCCAGCGGCAUGACUGGCUCUUACGAUCAAGCUUACAUGAAGAACCUCACUUCCAUCGUCAACCACAUCACCGGCAAGGGCGCCACCGUUCUUCUCGACCCCCACAACUACGGCCGCUACUUCGACAAGAUCAUCACCUCCACCUCCGACUUCCAGACCUGGUGGAAGAACUUUGCCACUCAGUUCAAGAGCAACAGCCGCAUCAUGUUCGACACCAACAACGAGUACCACACCAUGGAUCAAACCCUCGUGCUCAACCUGAACCAAGCCGCCAUCAACGGUAUCCGUGCUGCCGGCGCGACACAGUACAUUUUCGUCGAAGGCAACCAAUGGUCCGGCGCAUGGUCAUGGCCCGACGUUAACGACAACAUGAAGGCGCUCACCGACCCAGAGAACAAGCUCAUCUACGAGAUGCACCAGUACCUCGACUCCGACUCUUCCGGAACUUCACCCAACUGUGUUUCCACAACCAUUGGAGUUGAGCGUCUGCAGGCUGCUACCAAGUGGCUCCGCGAUAACAAGAAGGUCGGCAUGAUCGGAGAGUUUGCUGGUGGACCUAACGAGACUUGCAAGACUGCUGUUAAGAACAUGCUUGACUUUAUGAAGAAGAACACUGAUGUCUGGAAGGGCUUUACUUGGUGGGCUGCUGGUCCUUGGUGGGGUGACUACAUGUACAGCUUUGAGCCUACGAGCGGUGUUGCUUACCAGUACUACAACUCUCUUCUCAAGACUUACAUCUAG